AUGAAUCUUUUAACGCCUACAAAACACGCAUCUAAGGAUAAAGGGAUUUCGCGGCACAACGAGUCUGUUGCAUCACAAAAAGAGGUAUUUGCUCAAGGGUCACAACAACUGAGCCAGAAAAUUGGUAGUCGACAGAAAAACAAAAGGGAUCUUCCAGUGACUUCUUUGCCAAAAAAAGGUGCUUUUGUGCCUCGAUACCAGAUAUCUCUUGAAACACUUGUUGACUCAUCAGAUAUGGCAACAGCUGGUGCUAUUCGCUUACUGGAUAUGGAGGAAGAUAUCUUUGGUUAUUCAUGCACUGAAACAAUCGGAAAAGAAGAUCUGGAACAUAUUUUUCGGCAUCAAGAAUUAGGCGUCGGUGUUAUACACACAUACAUCCGGUUCUUGUAUGACAAUUUCAUGCGCGGGAAUGAUCAAUUGUCAAACAGAUUCCGUUUCGUGUCUUCCUCCCUGGUCAACAAAGCAUUAAUUUGUAGGGAACCGGAUUCAUGUAGAGAGUACUUAGUCAAGAGAUUCAUGGCCAGCAGUACAAACAACUUGUAUCUUUGGCCGUAUAAUUCAGGGUGUCACUGGUUGUUGCUUGCUAUUGAUCCUUUAAAAGAAGUGGUAUAUUUUCUGAAUUCGAUAGAUGGUGAAUGGACAAAUUAUCCGGAUAUGAAGCAAUUAGUUGAUACAUCAAUAAAAGUGUUCCGAUCUCAAAGACAAGCUCGAGUACCACGUACUAAAUCCAGCAACAUUACGUGGAUAAAAGUGCAGUGUCCUCUACAGCGCAACGGUAUCGAUUGCGGAUACUUUGUAAUGAGGUUUAUGAGGGAAAUCAUUAAUAUGAAUCAAAUAGAGAUUCCAAUCACGUACUUUGAUGAAUACAAGUGUGCUCAUUACACGAGACUGCAGUUGGAACAAAUCAAGGAGGAAUUGUGUCAAUAUUUUAUUGAGAAAAGAUUAAUUAUAUAAUGGUUUCAAAAUAACAUGAAUACUUUGAUGAAGAAUGGUUUCUGGUUGGCAAGUGUAUAGUUCUUUAUAUUUUUAACAGAUUAGUUAUGACUCCAAAUAGGCCGUAUAACAUAUUAGUUUUGACUUGUGUAUAGUUCUUUAUAAUUUUAGUGAUAUCUUUAAUUUCAUGGAUA